UAUAUUACAAGUUUCCCUACGUUUCAAAAUCAUUUCGCACGAUUCAACGAUAUGACCGACACUGUGGUAUCUACUCCGGCAGCUCCGGUUAUUUCAUCCCCGGCAGCGAAGAAGUCACCGACCAAAAAGAAGACCACCGCAGCAGCCAAAGGCGUCGCUGCGAAGAAACCAGCAGCCGCACAUCCACCGACGUCGUUGAUGGUCACGACAGCGAUUAAAGAGUUGAAGGAGCGGAAAGGUUCUUCGUUGCCUGCUAUCAAAAAGUAUUUAGCAGCCAACUACCAAGUCGAUCCAGCCAAAUUGGCACCUUUCAUCAGGAAGUUUUUGACGGCGUCCGUGUCGAGCGGUGCGAUUCUGCAGACCAAGGGCCAUUACAAAUUGGCAGUGGUCGAAUCCAAACCGAAGAAAACCGCCGUGGCCAAGAAGCCGAUUGCGAAGAAAGUGAAGCCUGCUUCCGCCGGUACGCCGAAAAAGAAGAAGCCUGUGGUCAAAAAAGCUAAGGCCGCCUCCGGCGAACCAGCCGCCAAGAAGGCGAAAAAGACUCCAACCAAGGCCGCCCCUAAGGCGGUUAAACCCAAGAAGAAGACCCCGGCAAAAUCGGCUGCUGCUGCUAAAACCAAGUCGCCGAAAAAACCCGCCGCAGUCAAGAAGCCCGCCACCAAUCCCAAGAAAAAGUAGAUAUAUUUGUUUUAUAGUGUGCAGAGCUAUAUUAAAAAGGCCCUUUUCAGGGCCACCA